CAAAUGGUGAUUUGUAAAAUAUUUUCAAAGAUUCCGUCAUCAUAUAUAUUUCUUUUUAACUGUGUGUUUAGAGAGAUAUUUAAUUAGUACUUAGUUCAAAAUUAUAAAAACUGGAAAUUCAUGCAUGGUUUAGGUUAUAUAUAUAUUAACGUUAAAAAUAUAACAAAUAUGUAAAUUUAAAUUAAUUACGAGAUUAUAACUCUUACAAUUCUCUACUGCCAUCUCUAUUUAGAUAAUUGAGUUAAUGUAUUUACGAGAUUAUACCUCUUACGCUAUCGUCUACAAUCUCUACCACCACCUCUAUUUAAGCUUCUCUAUCUUACAAUAUAUUGUUUAGUACUCAGCGUUUUCUGAUUAAGCUGUCGUACAAAACAAGUCUGCUAAUUAAUUAGGGUUUGGUCAGCAUUUAAUAAUCUAUCAAGCUAAUUGGCUCUCAAUCAGACAAUGAGCCGAGGUGGGAGCUUUGGAGGCGGACAAAGCUCGUUAGGUUAUCUUUUUGGGUCAGACAAUGAGAUUCCAAAAACGCCUCCACCGGUGGCCCCAAAGCCUGCACCACCGUACGGCGUAGAUUCCACCGAGGACAAUGAAGCUGACAAAAAACCCAUGAUCUCUAACAACAACUACCAAAGAGCUCAGGGCCAAAACUCCGGCAACUUCGUCACCGAUCGUCCAACGACGAAGGUGAAAUCGGUUCCUGGUGGAGGCUCAUCUCUAGGAUACUUGUUCGGAGAUAAGUAAAGGAAUGAAAAUGAAGUUAAAAAACUAGGGUUUGUAUCUCUCUAGUGAGGCUUUUACUAUAUUAUAUCAUACGUAAUGUAAUGUAGAGAUCCUUAUCUAGAUUUCUACACAUCAGUUAUUUAUAUUUACGUGUGGAAAUGUGUGUUUUGAGUUUGCAGUUAAUUAAUUUCAACUUGUGGAACAAAGGAUUCUACUUUCUAGUCGAUAUUUUCAGCAAUAUAUAAAAGUACUGAACAUUGAACAUUGGACAUAAA